AUGGCAUCCCUCAACGUGACCUCGCGUCCAAAACAAGCCUUCAUCGCCGUCUCGUGUCCAUACACCACCUGUCGAGCCUCGAUCGAGUACCUUCCACCGUCCGCUUCGGACCUCGCCGCUCUUCCAUCCCACGAAACCUCCUUUACCGUCACAUGUUGUAGCUGCAACAAGCAGUUCGAGCCGCCGAAUGCGACCAAGAUGGUGCGCGAGGCGCGCAAGUCUGGCGGCAAGGACGUUGCUGCACGCAAACGCCGCAUCGGUACGGACGAGAACCCGCUCGACAUGGCCUACUACGACGCACUCGGCGUUCCUGCCACCGCCACGAUCGAGGAGAUCAAAAAGGCGUAUCGCAAGCUGGCGAUCAAGCUGCAUCCCGAUAAGAACCCCAACAACCCCGAGGUGGAGGAGAAGUUCAAGGCGCUGGCGACGGCGUAUCAUGUGCUGUCGGAUCCAGAGCUGCGACACAAGUACAACGAGUUUGGAGCGAGUACGCCGGGUUUGACGCCGGAAGACGGCUUUGUCGAUCCCGAGGAGGUGUUCGGCUCCCUGUUCGGUGGCGAGCGAUUCGCCGAUAUCAUCGGCACCAUCUCCAUCGGCAAAGACAUGAAGGACGCCCUCCAGCAGGAUUCCGACGAUCUCGAGCGUCAAGCCAAUGGCGAAAGCACAGCUGAGGGGGACAGCAGCAAAAAGCCCGAGCUGACACCCGAGCAGAAGGCAGCCAAAGAGGAGAAGGAGCGCAAGCAAACCGCCGAGCGCGAAAAGCAGCGCGCCGAACGCGUCGCCAAGCUCGUCGAGAAGCUGGUGCGCAAGCUCAGCAUCUACACGGAGAGCGUGCGCCACGCGCACGAUCCGGCGCUCGAGCGCGAGGUCGAAAAGAGCUUCCGCGAGAUCACGCGGUUGGAGGCGGAAGAGUUGAAGCACGAGUCGUACGGCGUCGAGCUGCUCAAUGCUGUUGGCUUCGUGUACAGCGCCAAGAGCAAACACUACCUCGCCAGCACGGGACUGUUCGGGUCGUUUGGAGGGGUGUUCCAUUCGGCUGCCUCGAGCAUCCAUGUCGUCCGCGAGACCGUGUCAACGGUUAGGGCGGCACUCGAGUUGAAAAAGGUGUUUGAGGAGCUGGCCAAGGCUGAGGAGGCAGGCAUUACGGUGGACAGGAAGCGCGAGCUCGAAGAGCAAGCGGCCGAGAAGGGCAUGCGCGCGUUGUUCAAGGGCGCAAAGUUGGAGGUGGAGAGCGUCAUCAGGGAGGUGAGCGAGGCCGUGUUGUACGAUACCCAAAUCGGCAAGGAGACGCAGAGGCUACGGGCGCAGGCGUUGGGCAUUGUCGGCGAGAUCUACAUGGGCGUCAAGAAGGACAAGGAGGAUGCGGCGCCGGCCGUGGGCGCGGGAGAGAGCGAGGCCAAUGCGGCCGGUGGUGACGAAUUUGUCAAGGUCGACACCAAGGCGUCCAAGGAAAGGGAUCAGAAGCAGCAGAAUGGCCAAGAGCCUCCACAACCGUGGUGA